GGGCAUCUGGCAUUGGCCACUGUCAGACAGGAUGUAGGGCUAGAUGAACCUUUAGUCUCACCCAGUAUGGCUGUUCUUACGUUCUAAUGCCUGUCACUGACAUCGAAUAUGCAACAGAUCAUAGCUGUCUCCCCAGCUGCAAUCCAUAUCUCAAGUUGUUAUUAAUUUGAAGAGAUUUGAGACUUGUAAGGACCAGUUUCUCUCUGCCACUUGAAAAUUGAAACAGUUUAACUGUCUUGUUAGUUUAACCUGUUCUAGCUGCACACAAAUAAUUUAUAAAAAAGUAAAACAAAUGGAUGACAAUUUGACAUGAAAUGAGGUGGUGUUUCCUUUAAAAUAUUCAGCAGACACAUUGAUGUUAAUUUGGCACUAAUUAGAAAACUUGCUGGCAAUGUCAGCAGAAUUUUUAAGUUAGAAUUGGUAGGAAUACUGAAUUAAAACCUCUUAUGCCAGAGGUGUCAUAAUAUAUUGCCUAUGGGUCACACCUGGCCCCCAAGAAACUGUGACCCAUAGGACACAUUGAGGUAGCUUUUAAGUUUUCUAAUUGAUUCUGCAUAAUCAUACCUGUAGAGAAAACCUUUAAAAUGUGAACAGUGUAAUUAAUGCAGUGGUGCUUUCCUGAGUGUGUGGAUAGUCUGAAACAGGGACUCAAAGGAAGAACUUCCUUCCCCUUUUUAAUUUGAUUGAUAUGUCAGUUUAAUUGCUGGUCACUUUUAAUGAGUAAGGCAGUGGGAAUGAUUUCUGUAAGGUUUAGGAAUUGCUUCAGGGAAUAAAGUUAUAGAGGAAUGAAUAGAAGGAGUCUCAAAGACAAUGAAAGGACAGAGAAAUAGAGUAGAGAGAAUAGGAAAGGAAGAAUAGUUGUGAGCCUAAAAGGGAGUGUGUUUCCAGAGGGCUCUCUGGAUGUAUGAAUAAAGCAUGGAAUAGCAUAAGGUUUGCUAAUACAUAAAUCUACCAUCUUCUCUUGAUCUCUGUAAAAGCUUCACAUGGGCAUCAGAGGACAUUGUGUUGCAUAUUGUGGGGAGUAUGUAGUCCUUAAUUUAUACUAUGUUCCAUAGGUCAUAAAUAAAUAGCAGUCUGAAUGUAGCUGACCCUUCCUUCUCUUCUUGUAGAGGUAUUGGGGAAGCUUGCUAAGGUUGCAUCUUAUGAGGCUCAGUAGAUAAUUUUAACAUCUAUUUCUACUAAUCUUGUCAUUUUAGUACUUAUGAAAAAACAAGGGAAACUCUCCUUAAAGGAGAAAAGGCACUAAGAACUUCAUAGUGUUCUCUGCAGAAUGAGAGAUGGAUUUGUAAAUGGGCCGUAAGAUUAGAAGAUGAAGAAACAGAGUUAGUAAAGCAAAAUGUAACAAAAGGAAAACAAUAUUGAAGGUGGGGGAAGGCUUGCUAUGCUUUCAUGUUUAAAUUUUAUUUGUGCAUAUUUAAUACAUUUCCAGAUGUAAACAUUUAUAGUUAGCAAAUUUAACCCAUGUUGCCAAGCUCCCCAAUAUUGUAGAAAAAAAGUCCUAGCCUGCUCUGUUUGCUUGUUUUCCUGAUUAUUUCUCAUGUGUGUGUUUAUAUAAGUAAAAAUGGCCCUUAUUGGGUUGCUUUGUACUAGAAUAGUCAUUUUACUUUAAGUAUGAGAUUAGUGUUCAAGGAAAAUAGAAUAACAGUAAGGAGAAGAAAAUAAUUAGAGAAUCUCUAACUUGAGGUUUCGUUUGGGCCCUGUACAUAUCUAUGUACAUGACAGAUAUUUUUUUGAGUGGGAAAGCUCUACUUUAAUGUUCUAGUGAACUAAUAUGGCUUAAGAAAGCUUAUAAGACUAGCAUUUGAGAGAUUUAAUAUCAAAGUGCAAAUUUCAUAUUUAUGAAAAAUCCGCAUUUUGCACCAGAACAUCUUAAUAUUUGUGCAAAUUACUUUUUAGUACAUGCCUGUAUAUUGUAGAAGUUCUAAAACUAAGGAUAAUUAUAGAAUUUGAAAGGGGAGGAGGGCAGCUUUGAAACUUUUAGAGAAAAUCAGUAAACUCAUUGUCAGAACCUAGAAAUAAUACAACUUUAAAGAUUUUUUUUAAUUGUUUUUAUAACAUAGUUACUUGCACUUUACCUGCUGGCUUUUCAAUUUUGGUAGAUAACAUUCUGAACUCCAGCAGAGUUUUAUAAUCCCUAGUGCUUAAAUAUACUAAAUGUUCUUUUUCCAUUAAGGUUAAUGUUCGUGAAGAGAUUGAAGAGUUUUUUCCAAGAAUGUGGAAGAUAAAUCAAGAUAAAAGAAGGCUAAUGAAAAGUAUUAAAGAUCAGAAAAUUAAAAUUGAAUGGGGGAAAAAAUUGAACAGAAGAUUGGUCAGAUAGAAGCACUUGAAUGUUUUUUUUAAGGCUAUAAUGAAUUGUUUGAAUUGGGGAAGAAUACACGAAGUAUGAAAAAUGAAAAACUCAAUGAAGAAUGAAGAAAAGUAGAAAGCAAGAGUGAAGUAGAAUUAAAAGAAUCUGGAAGAAUGAAUGGGUCCUAGGUUAAGUAAAUGUAUGGUUUAUGUUCCAGUGUCUGUAUGAUCAAGUUGUAGAUGAAUUUGCAUGAUUACUUAGUUAAUAGAGAAUUGGUGAUCUGGUUCAAGUAGGGAAUUAUUUGAGGAAAGCAUACAGUAUUAACAGUGGGUUAACAGACUGAAAAUUGUUCUGGAGGGAGUCGUCUAACCAUUUGUCUUUCAGGAGCAAUCAAAUAAUAUAAUUACGGUACUUUAAAUGUUAGGAGCUAGGCAUUUAUGUGACCAGUACCAUUUGUAAUACUAUCUUUUUUGUUAGGAGUCUCGCUCCCAGUCAAAAUCUCCAGCUGGGAGUCCUGCUCGUGUAAAAUCGGAGAGCAGGUCAGGAUCUCGUAGUCCGUCGAGGGCUUCCAAACAUUCUGAAUCGCACUCCCGGUCAAGAUCAAAAUCCAGGUCCAGAUCAAGAAGACAUUCUCACAGACGUUACACGCGCUCCAGAUCCCAUUCUCAUUCCCAUAGGAGACGAUCUCGAAGCAGAUCGUAUACACCAGAAUAUCGUCGCCGAAGGAGCCGCAGCCAUUCUCCAAUGUCUAAUCGAAGAAGGCACACUGGCAGCAGAAGGAGGGAAGCCCCGGCGUGCCUCUUCCCCGGGACUUCUACCUCCUCCUCCCACGCAGCAAGUCCCUGGCGUGCCUCAGACCUGAAGGAGGGGAGCAGGCAGCGCACUUCCGGAAACCCCAGAAGUGGCGCACAGCUGCCGGACUUCCGUCCACCCCGCGGGAAGCCGGCACUACCUCCAUUGUCGCUGGAGGCUAAUCCAGAUCCUAACACAUGCCUUGGAGUGUUUGGCCUCAGUUUAUAUACCACAGAGCGAGACCUGCGUGAAGUCUUUUCCCGUUAUGGCCCUCUGAGUGGUGUCAAUGUAGUCUAUGAUCAGCGGACUGGACGUUCAAGAGGAUUCGCUUUUGUUUAUUUUGAGAGAAUAGACGAUUCUAAAGAGGCGAUGGAACAUGCAAAUGGCAUGGAACUUGACGGCAGGAGGAUUCGAGUGGAUUACUCCAUCACUAAAAGAGCGCACACUCCCACCCCGGGAAUCUACAUGGGCAGACCAACCCACAGUGGAGGUGGAGGUGGCGGCGGUGGUGGAGGAGCAGGUCGACGUCGUGAUUCCUAUUAUGAUCGGGGAUAUGAUAGAGGGUAUGAUAGAUAUGAAGAAUAUGACUACCGGUACAGGAGACGAUCACCUUCACCUUAUUAUAGCCGAUAUAGAUCACGGUCAAGAUCCCGCUCCUAUAGCCCAAGACGUUACUGAAGAAAGGAAGAAUUACAAUUGUGGACUUGAUUUUUAAAUAAAGUUCUUCCCUUAGCUUCCCUUUGGUCUCUCCUUCUUUUCCCCUCAAGUCUCUUUCAUAAGAUCUUUGGUUCAUUUAGAAGAUACAUAUUUUCAGUUGAAAUAUUGCUGUUUUCCACCCCUUUUUAUUGUAAUAUUCUUAAAGUCGUAAUGGUUGUAGAUUUGUGUAGUGAAAUAUCUUUAAACAAAAUUAAAUAGAAAUCCGAAAGUGUUACUACAUUUUGUAAAGUCAUUUUGUUUUUGUUUUUAAAACUAUUGUACUCUUGGUUAAUCUAAUGAGAAGAAAACACUGAUUGUUUUUAAAGCGUGCGUGUGGUGUGUAAUAUACACACUUAGAUACUUGAAUAUAAACCUGUGUUUCCAAAUAACUUGUUAAUUUUUCUGUUAAUGUUUGGUGGUUAAUUUUUGAAAAACAGCAACACUCUGAACCUCUUCUGUAAUGACAAAUUUUUCUAGAUAGUCAUGAACCCAACAGGUUUUGGUUAAAUUGCUUUGAGUGUACAAUAUUAAAACUAUAGUAAAAUUCCAUAUUUGGUUCAACUUCUUUCAAAACAGAUUCGUGUACAUUGAAGAUAAAGUUGUGUUUUAUAGAUGAAAGUUUCUAGACUUCUAUUUAGUAGAUAAUUUUUGAAGUUAAGAUCUAUAACUCUGAUUUUUUUUGUUUGACUCAAAGUAAUAUUUCCCCUUAAUCAGUGCAGAAAAAAUAUUUAUUGAACAUAGCAAUUAGUUCUAUAAUUUGCUGUUCAUUGAAACUCAGGUUGGUAUUGCAAUGAUGGUUAAAGAAGUUCUAGUUUUCAGCCCUUCUGGAGUUGCCAUUAAGGAUAGAAAAAUUACAGUUACACAUAUAAAGCUCCUCUUCCUCAGAAUAAAGUUAAUUACACCUAAA